UUUGCUAUAUUUCGUCAUACCUAUAUUUUUAUUCUGCCGUUUGCGUAGUCACAUUUGACAAGUUGACACUAGACAAAUGACAGUCCGCUGCACGCUUCAAGCCGCAAGCAUUAUGGUCAAGCCUUCAGGCUUCAAACAAAAGUCAAAACAAGGCGCGUGGUUUGCGGUCUAGCUCUCCGUAGACCGUAUGAUCGAAGCUUGUAGUGGAUAGUUGGCACCUCUUGUACACCGAGACGUCAAAAGGCUGGUCUGCAGCAUCGUCGUGUAAAUAAUUUAAUCUAAUUAUGAGAUAAGCGGGCGCGUCAGUUGUGUGUGUAUGAGUGGAGGUCGCGCUGGGCCAUGUGAGUCGCUAUUGCGUCGCGGCCUUCAGCAGUGUAAUCCGGUUAGCGAGCCCAUGCGGCCGGUCGGGAGCCUGUGUUGAGCGCGGUGUGUGUGUGUGCAGGUCGCAGAGAGCGGGCAGCUGGCAGCCUAGCGCCGGCCCGCCGUCGACAUGAAGCCUCUCGAUGACUACAGGAACGGAGAUGUGGGCAGCGGCGCAUCGACGGCGUCUCGGUCUGACGACAGCGAGGGCGAGGAGAGCGGCGCCCUGGAGCAGGAGCUGUCACUGGAGGAGGCGGGCGCGCCCGCGCGCGUGCUGAGCGCUCUCAACGCGCUGCGCAAGGCGCGCCAGCACUUCGACGUGCUGCUGGCUGCGCGCGGCGACGAGGUGCCCGCGCACCGCGCCGUGCUGGCCGCCGUGGCGCCGCCGCUGCUGGCCGCGCUGCCGGCCGCCGGGCCCGUGCACACGCUGCGCCUCGACGUGCACCCCGACGCGCUGCGCGACCUGGUCGAGUUCGCGUACACGGGCCGGCUGCACGUGCGCGACCUGCCCGCCGCGCGCCGCCUGUACGCCGCCGCGGCCGCGCUGCGCGUGGAGCCCGCGCGCGCGCACCUCGCCGAGCGGCUGCUGCGCCGCGUGUCGCCCGCCGACUGCCUGGCGCUGCGCGCGCUGCCCGACCUGUCGCCCGCGCACCGCGCGCACCUGGACGCGUACAUCGCGCAGAACUUCGACGAGGUGUGCGCGUCGGGCGCGCUGGCGGCGCUGCCGCUGAUCCGCAUCGAGCUGCUGCGCGAGACGAGCGCGGAGGGCUGCGAGGAGACGCCGGCGACGCUCGCGGACGCCGCGCUCGCCUGGCUGCGCACCGUUCCCAUCACCAGCGAUGAUGAUGUGGAGGAGCUGUGCGCGCGCGUGCACCUGCUGUACGUGGACGCGGGCGGCGCGCUGCGCGACUGCAGCGAGCUGCCCGCCGCGUGCGGCGACGCGCCCGAGCUCGAGGAGUACAAGCGCGAGGCGCGCGAGCGCGGGGCGCGUCGGCGCGGGGCGGGGCCGGCGGUAGCGGGGGGGCGACGGCCACGGUGCGCCGUGGUGGCGGCGCGCGCGGGCGCGGGCGCGGGCGCGGGCGGCGUGACGCGCGCGCUCGUGGCGCUGCGCGGGCGGCUGGCGGCCGCGCGGGUGGGCUGGCGCGCCGCCAGCGCGUCCGACACGCCGCGCGGCGGGCGCCUGGGCGCGCUGGCGGACGACGCGCCGCCGCCCGAGCCGGCGGGGGGCGCCGCGUGCGCGCGCAUGGCGGCGGGCCGCUGCGCGGUGGGCGCGGCGGCGCUGGGCGCGCGCCUGCUGGUGUGCGGCGGCUACGACCGCGCGCGCGCGCUGCGCUCGGCCGAGGCCUACGCGCCGGCGCUGAACCGCUGGGAGCCGCUGCCGGACAUGCGGCGGGCGCGCGCGCGGUUCCCGGCGGCGCGCCUGCACGGCAAGCUGUACGUGCUGGGUGGCUCGGACGGCUACACCGACCUCGACUCCGUGGACGUCUUCGACCCGGAGGCGGCGGGCGGGCGCGGCGCGUGGAGCGGCGCGGCGCGGCUGCCCGUGGCGCGCCAGCACGCGGCCGCCGCGGCGGACGAGGCGCGCGGCCUGCUGUACGUGGCGGGCGGCGCGGCCGACGGGCGCCCGCUGCGCGCCACGCACCGCUACGCGCCCGCCGCCGACGCGUGGAGCGACGCGCCGCCGCUGCGCGCCGCGCGCUCGCAGGCCGCCGCCGCCGUGUGGCGCGACGCGCUGUGGCUGCUCGGCGGCUGCGACGAGUGGCGCUGCCUGGCCGCCACCGAGACGCUGCCGCUGGCCGAGCCCGCCGCCUGGGCGCCCGGCCCGCCGCUGCCCACGGCGCGCCGCUCGGUGGGCGCGGCCGUGUGGCGCGGCGCGCUCGUGGCGGCCGGCGGGUCGGCGGGCGCCGCGUCGCUGCGCGCCACCGAGCUGCUGGAGCCGGGCGCGGCCACCUGGCGGGCCGGCCCGCCGCUGCGCCGCGCGCGCGCCGCGCCCGCGCUGGCCGAGCUGGGCGGCGCGCUGUACGCGGCGGGCGGCUACUCGGGCAAGGACUUCCUGUCGUGCGUCGAGUGCCUGCUGGAGCCGGACGGCGCGUGGACGCAGCUGGUGCCGGCGCGCGACCCGGCCGACCUGGCGCGCCUGCCCGCGCCCCACGCGCCCCACGCGCCCCACGCGCCCCACGCGCCCCACGCGCCCCACGCGCCCGAGCAGAGCGAACGGAGCGCGCCCCCCGAGCAGAGCGGCGAGCAGAGCGCGGCCGUGUGACGCAGCAUUACAUUCCAUUUUACACGAUAUCGACCACGCUACGAACAUUGAUCAUUUAUCUAUAUUUUCCUCUGUUCUUUUGAAUAGUGAUGAUUUAAAAAUGUAUCAUCCGAUGAGCAUUUCUCAAAAUAAUGACGUAUUUAUAUUAUUUAUAAAGUCGUUCACUCCUUUUGUACUUGUUGCUGAGUACCGAUUCGCCAGUAUGUAUUUAGAAUAAUAAUCUAUAAUCCUUCGCUCGAAAUUUGUUUAAUCUGGCUCAUCUGUAUACUAUGUAUUAUAAAAUUGGAAAAAAAUUAUGAAGAAAUAAAUAUAUAUAUAUAUGUUAGCUUAGAGAAUAUAUAAUUAUAAAUUAUUAAUUAUUAAUGUUGGAGUCGAUGAAGUAGAUUAUUAAUUAAUGUUACGACGCUUGGUUGAGCGCGAGGGCCUGUCCUCUCGUAGCGCGCACUUAUAUAUUCUAAAUUAAAUUUGUCUACCUCAGCCGCUGCCGCUAGUGUGACGUCACUGCCGCUAGUGUGACGUCACUGCCGCUAGUGUGACGUCACUGCCGCUAGUGUGACGUCACUUCCGGCACACCGCGCGGCGCGGCGCCAUGCACCGUGACGUCACGACACAACAAAUAAACGACUCUAUAGCGCC